GAGAGCAUUAAGCUCUAAGCUACAUUGACGGUAUGCCAUUACUCUGUCACACGCUGGCGGUAGCUUUUGUUCAGAUCCUCCUAGUUUCAGGCAACUGGAUUUUAGCCAAGAACAUCAACUUCUACAACGUGAGACUUCCAGUAGACCCUACUCCAUUUCCAAGCAGCUUCAAGUGCUUUACUUGUGACAAUGUUAUUGACAAUUACAAUUGUAACAGAUGGGCUGAAGAUAAAUGGUGUCCUCAGAACACUCGGUACUGUUUAACAACCCAUCACUUUACUAGUCACGGAAGGAGCCUCUCUGUCACAAAGAAAUGUGCUACCAGGGAAGAAUGCCAUUUUGUUGGCUGCCAUCACCACAGAGAAACUAGUCAUACAGAGUGCAUUUCCUGCUGCGAAGGGAUGAUCUGCAAUGUAGAUAUACCCACAAAUCACACAAAUGCUGUUUUUGUGGUACCGCAUGCCCGGAGGACAUCAGGAGGUAGCAGACAAACUAUUAGCAUCUUCUUGCUGGUCAUACUCCUCAUAGUUUUCAGGUCAUGACAUGACUCCCCUCAGGCAGAAGGAAUUUGUCGUCUGGAGUUACAUGAAGACAAUCUCUGAAGAAGAAGGAGUUCUAAGAGGCCUGUUGUAUGGAUAAAAGCACUGCUGGGUAUUUGAAGACUGCUGGCCAUAACUCUCAGAUAUUGAUGCCAAGAAAACCCAAGCACGAUGGCCAGAUAUUAUGUCAACUUGACUAGUUACCAGAAAUCUCAGACGUCUUUGUGUGGAGCUUAGAACAAUUUGUGCUUUGGCACAUUAUUGUAGCAAGUUAUUACUGUACAAUUUUGAAGUAUUAAAAUUCUUCCUCAGCUGAAAUAAUAU